AUGGCCACCGCUUUCAUGCUGGCCUGGCCCUACGCUAUACCCCGUGUCAUGAGUAGCUACUACUGGCCCCGGGAUGUACAGAAAAUUGGUCCUGAUCAUUACGCGGACAAAAACGAUUGGAUGGGUCCGCCCCACGACACCAACUGGACUAUAGUGGACGUCCAGCGCAACCCCGACCUGACCUGUGACCCCAAAGUGUGGAUCUGUGAGCACAGGUGGCGUCAGAUCUAUAAUAUGGUUCGGUUUAGGAAUAUAGCGGGCAAUGAAGCCAUGACUAACUGGUGGACCAAUGACUACCACUCCAUCGCUUUCGGC